GGCAUUGGUCUCGCCGCAAUCAGCAUGCCGCUCGCGCUACCUACAAUCGACCAGCUCGAGAACUACCUCCAGCAGGUCGAAGACAUCGUCGUCAACUCCCUCUCCUCGGCAUCCCCAGAUCUCUCCAGAGUCAGCGAGGCCGUCCACAGACUUUGGCAGGAUGUCUUGCGACACAGUCCCCAGGCCAUGCCCACCCUCAAGGGCCUCGGGGCCUUCGAAGUUCCCCCACCACCGCCGCCUCCACCGCCUCCGAAGUCCUUCUGGGAUAGCUCCGCUGAUUGGGUCGCUGAUCAUCCAUGGCAGACCGCCGGGCUCGGCGUAGGCCUUAUUGGUACGGGCUUGCUGGUGGGAUACGCAUCUCCUCACAUCCGCCGUCAUGCGAGGGCUGUGAGGGCCAAGAGGCAUCACGCAUCUGCUGCGAAUGGAGAGCGGAGACAGGUCGUCGUCGUACUUGGAGGUGACUCUCCGCUUGGCCUCCCUCUCAUCCAGGACCUCGAGAAGAAGGGAUACAUCGUCAUUACCAGCGUAUCGACUCCCGAGGCGGUCGAGGAGAUCGAGAGCAAAUGUCACGGCUAUGUCCGUGCUCUCGUUCUCGACCCGACCGAGCCCGAGAUGAUUCCAUAUUUCCUACGUUCGCUAGCCUCGACCAUGUCUCGCCGCUUCCCUAUCACCGCGGCCGGCGACCCGCAUGCCUCGCCCACCACGCACAUCUACCUUCAUUCUGUUGUAUCUCUCCUUUCUCUUCCCUCUCACAACAUCACACCUCCGCCCGCCCCACUCGAGCAUCUCAGCCUCCACGGCGACUACCUGCCCUACCUUCAAGCCACCCACAUUGUUCCCCUGCAAGUCCUACAGGCCCUCCUCCCGCUCCUGCGAGCCACCCCCGCCCGCGCAAAGGACGCGCGCGCGAACGGCCUGGGACGGCAGAGCAUCGUCAUAUGUCUCCCGGCAACGGACGCCCGCGUCGGGCUGCCGUUCGCGAGUGCACAGGCGAUGAGUGCCGCAGCCACGCUCCGCGGAAUCGACGUGCUCCGGCGCGAGAUCCGCGCCGCGGCGCUGUCGGGGCGCGGCUCGGACGCAGCGGAGUCGAUGCGCAACAUCAAGGUGACCGUCGUGGACGUCGGCGUCGUCGGCCCCGUUGCGGGUAACGAAUCCGCAGAUGAUCUGAACGCGGUGGUGGGCGAGUGGACGCCUUCGGAGAAGGCGGCAUACGGGACGGCGUUCGGCUCGUUGCUGGAGCAUGGCGGGCACCAGAGGAUUCGCCGGCAGCCGAGCAACGUCGCCGAUUUCGUGGAGACGGUCGUGGACGUGGUGAGCAGCGGGCGGAAGAGCCGGAAUGGACUGUCUCCGUAUGCGCUGCGCCGCGGCCUGGGCACUCUGCACGAGCUUGUGCGUGGCGACCGCGUGGUCGUCGGCGCUGGUGCUGGGACGUAUGCGCUCGCGUCAUACCUCCCUGCGUUCCUGCUCGACGCGCUCCUGAAUGUGCCGUACAUCAUCGUCUCCGUACGAAACGCGCUGCUCCCCAUCCCCCCUCGCGUCAUCGGACCGCUGCCCCCUGUCGUCACCGCCGCCGUACCCGCUCCUCCACCCGCCCAGCAGCAGCCGAUCAUUCAGCAGACGAUCCCGGAGAAGCACGAGGGCCCGGGAACGGACAGCGAACCGGAGCACGAUGAGGCGGGGAGCGAGGCGGACGUGGAGAGCAACGAGGGGUACGGGUCUGGCGUCGGCGAGUCCUGGGUCAGCUUGAAGAGCAAGCCCUCGGAGCGUGGCUCGGCCCAGCCUUGAAUCUCGUGCGCCACAUUAUGACGGAUGUUCGCUGACAUUUUUUCUGCUUGAAGUGUCUGAUCGGAGGCGAUGGAAGGAGUAAGUUAUGUGUGUUUCGGAUCCGUGUACCACGAUAAUGCUUGUGUACAACACUCCCACUCCUUGGUGUAUAUAUACCGUUCAAUCCCAUCUCACUUGCCUCACUCC